AUGCAGCGCCGACAGAGCGCAAGAGGAGAAUGGAUCCCCACAGAGGGCAGAUGGCCGGUGGAUCCCCAGGAAGACGUGCCCGUGUCCGAGCAGCGCAUUUGGGUUGACGGCUGCUUCGACUUUGCCCACCACGGCCAUGCGGGUGCCAUGCUUCAGGCCCGCCAACUCGGCAACGAGCUGCUGGUUGGCGUGCACUCCGAUGAGAGCAUCCUCGAGAACAAGGGUCCAACUGUCAUGCGCCUGGACGAACGAGUCACCGCCGUCGAAGCUUGUCGCUGGGCGACCAAGGCCAUCCCCAAAGCCCCCUACGUGACCUCGCUGCCCUGGAUAACACACUACGGCUGCCAUUACGUCGUCCAUGGCGAUGACAUCACCUCCGACAGCGACGGCAAGGACUGCUACCGCUAUGUCAAGGCCGCAGGUAGAUUCAAGGUGGUCAAGCGCACACCGGGCAUCUCGACGACCGAUCUCGUAGGUCGCAUGUUGCUCUGCACCAAGUCGCACUUUAUCCAGUCACUGGAGAAGAGACUCUCAGGCGACGAGGGCCCUGGCGGAGAGGCUGAGCGCCUGGAAACCGGACAAGCCAUGCUGCAACGCAUCAAAGACUAUGCCACCGACGAGACGGGUCUUGCGCCUGGCUGCGAUGUCUGGUAUUGGCAUGCUUCUCGGCCGGCCAAGCUCAGGAGGACGACUACGAGUAAUACCGCUUCUGCCUCAAGGCCAGGGGCCCCGCGUCAAGACUCGACUGCUUCCCAAGGACCCGUCAAGGAAGAGAAGGGCACCUUUCACCAGCUCGUCGAGGGAAAGGGCAUCAAGCCCGGUCAAAAGGUCGUCUAUGUCGAUGGCGGCUGGGACUUGUUUUCCUCGGGCCAUAUCGAGUUCCUACGCCACGUCACCAAGACCGAAGAAGAGGCCGCGAAAGAGACAGGCUGGUACACGGAAGAAGCUAAACAAGAGCGCAUAGAAAAGACAGGCGCAGACUAUGGCCCGCUCUUCCUUGUCGCAGGCAUCCACGAAGAUGAAGUCAUUAACCACUGGAAAGGCAUAAACUACCCCAUCAUGAACACAUUCGAGCGCGGUCUCUGCGUCCUCCAAUGCAAGUACAUCCAUGCCGCCAUCUUCGGCGCCCCCUUCUCCCUCUCCAAAGCUUUCCUCCUCACCCUUCCUUACUCCACGCCUUCUGCCGUCUACCACGGCAAAACCACCUUCAUGCCCCUCGCCUUUGACCCGUACGCCGUCCCCAAAGCCAUCGGCAUCUACCGCGAAAUCGCAAACCACGAGUUCCAAAACGUCAAUGCGGCUGAAAUCGUGACACGAAUCAUGAAGGGCCGCGCCCUGUAUGAGGAGAGGCAGCGCAAAAAGGGCGAAAAGGGGGUCACAGAGGAAGUGGAGAAGUUGAGGCAGGAGUUGGAGAGGGAGCAGAGGAGGAAGGAGGUCGAGGGUCAAUUUGGGCUGUAG